AUGCGUCCAGUAAUCGGAAGACAUAGAGUGGAAGGACAAAAACCCUCGUCAACGAAACACUGGAAUAUUUACAGAAAAGUCGAGUGUCAAUAUAAUGAACGAAGGGAAAAUUUGAAUUAUUUAACGGAAAAUUGGAAAACCUGCGAUCUUGCAAAAGUGACAUUGUCGAUAUCGAUCCUUAUCAGUCUACACGUCUUCUUCCUGCUAGUUGUAGAAAUUAUACCACCAACAUCCUUAGUCGUUCCGUUACUUGGGAAAUAUUUAAUAUUUGCCAUGAUUUUAGUAUCGAUAAGCAUAUGCGUUACUGUUGUUGUCCUUAAUGUACAUUUCCGAUCUCCGCAAACUCACAGAAUGGCUCCUUGGGUGAAAAGGGUUUUCAUACACAUAUUACCUAGGUUAUUGGUGAUGAAAAGACCCCAAUAUGUAUUUGAAAACCAUAGUUACGUGUCGAGACGCUUGCUAAUACGAGGAAGAGAAUUACAGCCAUACUUUUACCCCUACCAAACUACCGUCGACACUGAUGAGUGUACUUCAAAACGUUAUUUCAACCGAAGCCCGUCAAAGGAAGAGCUAUCACCGAGUUUACCGGAUGGAGGCCCAUUCAGCGGUCGCUGUCAAAUACAUGGGUCGGUUAGGAUGCCGCAUUCUGAAUCAGAGGACCUAACUGUUACAGCAGAAGAAACCGACGCAGCUAUCAAAAGUCCGAUAUUGAGAAACGUCGCAUUUUCGCACUCACGCUGUCCACCAGAAAUUCAUAAAUCGUGUUUUUGUGUGAGGUUUAUCGCCGAACAUACCAAGAUGUUGGAGGACUCGACAAAGGUCAAAGAGGAUUGGAAGUAUGUCGCGAUGGUGUUAGAUCGUCUUUUCUUGUGGAUAUUUACUUUGGCUGUGCUGGUGGGAACGGCGGGAAUAAUCCUGCAGGCGCCAACGCUUUACGACGAUCGCGUACCUAUCGACAAGAACGGAUCGGACUCGUCGCUCGUUCGUUACCCUCCACAGUAACUCGUUAUGCCUUAACGUAGAUCUAUUUUCAUAUCAUAACCAGAUCAACAAUAAUGAAAUUGUAUAUUAACGUUGAUAUCGUUAAAUCAGAUGUAAGAGUGGGCAUAGAUGACUAAUUUAAACUGAAAGAAUUUGAUUGAGUGAAAGUUUUUUUUACAGGGUAUAAUACAUUGCUCAGGAUAGUUAGAAAUGCUAUGUAAUAUUAAGGUUCUUAACUUAUCAUCAGUAUAGCCAUAUUGUUUUACAAUUGACUAAAGCAACGUCUAGCCACACCUUCAGAUAUAAUUAGCGUCAUAGCGUGUGUAAAUGCAAUACAUAUUUGUAAUACAUUUUCGGUCACUUUCAUCUUAGGCUCAAUGGAAUAUCAUCUAGAAGUAAAUCGAAAAAAGCUAGAUAGAUCUUGUUAUCUGCUUUUUACAAUAUACUUCCAGAUUGUGCCUUAAAAAUGUAGCUUGGUAAUUUUUGUAAUGAUAAAAAAUACUUUAGUGAAAUGAUGCUUGAGAAUGUGUCUGUGGGGUGACGUACAGUACACAUUAAACUACCCGACUAUUAUCAAUGAGCGUCGUUUGUUGUAUGCUUACCUGCAUGCUCCGUAAUUAUUUAAUUUAAUCAAUUAUUUUUUCACCCAUGAUCAUACUUUACACUGCUUUGGCUCUUUGCAAAUGGCGCGUUUAAGAUUGCGGUGUGUAAUUCAUCAGUGUGGUAAUUCAAUUGCCUUAGUAAAUUUUCAAAACCUGUGUCCACAGUUUCGGAACAUUGUCCGAAUUAAAAACGCUUUGAAUGCCAAAUUUAAAAGUGGACAUAAAGUAAAAAAGUUCCCUUUAUUUAAAUAAGAUUUUUUUUGUUUUGUUUUUGUAGUUUUUAUACUAGUAAAAUUAAGUUGAAAGCAAUACGUUUGUCGUUCACUUAUACGUGGUAAAACACUUAGUGAUUUUUAGGAAAUGAAAAUAUAGAGAACGUAUUUAAAUGAUAUUAAAUAGCACAAUUAAAUAAAUGUUUCUAAAUAAAAAAAAACGAAUAGAUAAAAUUAAAUAGAGAAAUGAAUAAAAACGUAGUAUAUAGGCAAUUAAAAUUAAUAUUAGAUAGACAUUUAUAGACUGCCCAACUGGACACAAAGGGAACAUACUGUUUACAGACUUACUGUUUUGUAGGUAAUGUUUAAACUCAAAUUGUAAAUUAAGAUAGUUUAAAAGUUGUUAUACGUUGUUGCUUAUUUUAUAAUCUUGCUUCGUAAUAA